GCCCGAAGCCCCUUUCCCCCACCCAUGGACAGCCCGGCUCUCCGCAGGGCCGCCAUGAGCUGUGCGGAGCGCGCUGCGGGGAGCUCGCGCUGCCCAAGGGUGCCCACCCCCCGUGCCUCCUCCAGAUCUGCUGAGUCCCGGUGUCCCAGUCUGGAGGAUUUCCCUCCCCUGCCACCCAUCGGGGAGCGCCUGGCCCAUCUGAACCCCUCCCACGAGCUGCUGGACUACUACCGCAGGAAGAUCGCUGACUUCGAUGAGGAACACGAGGAAUUGGUGAAAAGGCUGGAGAAAUACAAGCAAACCUAUGAUGAACAGCACCAGCUGCAGUGGGAGGUGCGGCACUUGGAGGAGGAGAUUGCAGAGCUGCAGAAGGCUUUGAGUGACAUGCAGGUGUAUCUGUUCCAGGAGAAGGAGCAGGUCCUGCGCCUCUACGCGGAGAACGACCGCCUCAAACUCAGGGAAUUGGAGGACAGGAAAAAAAUCCAACAACUCCUGGCUAUACUGGGAGCAGAUGAAGGAGAAAUUACAUAUUUUCAUAAGGAGCCUCCACAUAAGGUUACUGUGCUGCAAAGGCCACCAGAGACCCAUGAACAAGAUGAUGUUUCUAGCACAGGUACAGAGAAGAGCACUUCAAAAGCAGCAGCAAAAGUAGAGAAAUUAAGAAGCUCUGAGAGAGAUCAAAAAGAUGAUGACACACUUCUACUACAGGUGAAGGCCCUGCAGGCUCAGAUAGAAGAACAGACACGACUGACCAAGGAACAGGUCGAGUCCCUGCUCGAGGACAGGCGGAUUCAGAUGGAGGAAGCUGAGGUCCGGCACCAGAAGGACCAGGACAAGAUCAAAGCUAUAACAGAAAAGCUCCAUAAGACCCAAAAUCUCUUGUAUGAGAGUACCCGGGACUUUCUCCAGCUCAAGUUUGAUGCCAGAGCCAACGAGAAAGCAUGGAUGGCAGAGAAGGACAGUCUGUUGAGGAAACUUGGCAAAGAUCUGGAUCAGCUUGCUUUCAGCACAGAGUCAGGACAAAAGAAGCAGACAGAGCUGAAGAAGAUGCUUCAAGGAAGUGAUGGAGCUUCAAAAUGCCACAGCAAAGAAAUAAAGUUACUGCAAGACAAGCUGGUGCAGGAGAAACACCUGUCACACAUGUACAGAGAGCAGUGCGUCUCCCUGGAAGGGGAGGUGGCUAGAAUGCGUGAGGAGAGGGAUGCUGGCAAAGAGCUCUUUCAGGAGCGCUCAGAGAAGAUGGGCAAGCGCCUGAAACUGAUGACUCAGCGAUGUGAAGCCUUGGAAAAACGUCGGAAUCUGGAAGUAGAGGGCUUCAAGAAUGACAUCAAACAGCUUCAGCAGAAACUGAAAGAUGUAGAGAAGAAGAUUUAUAAGGUGGCUAUGAAUUUGGCACCAGAUGACCAGGAUCUUGCAAUUCUGCGUGAGAUCCGCCAAGGAAAUAAACUAACACGUAAAAUUCAAGGAGAACUUAAAGACUUAAAAACAAAAAUCUACAUCUUAGAGGAUGAACUACGGCACUGCUGAAGCUGAAUUAUUAGCUGGCAUCCUAAUUUUAGGAAUAGGACAUUGCUAGACUUGAAUAGUCAUAUGAAAGAACAGCUCCUGCUUGUUUGUUUCCUGGCAUCCAUCAACAGAAAUUUGAAGAAACCUGCUCUUGAGCCAUUCCUAAUGUACCAGAUUAUAUUGCUGUUUGAGCUGAGAGAUGACACCUGAUAAACCUGACUUUAAAAGUACAUGAUGACUGAUACAUCAGGAGUGUGUGUGUGUGGCUAUAUCUUCAUAUCUGGGGUAGGGAUCAGUGUGUACUGUGCUUUGCCUUUAUUUGGAGCAUAUUAUAAAUCACAUACAUGGCUAGAAUGAAAUUAAUAAUCCUGGAAGGAUCUAGGUGAAGAUCUGAAUUUUGACUGACAUUUUCCUAUGUGAGAAGCAGCUUUUUAAAUAGUUCCAUGAUUCCUGUUUUGGUGCUUAACACCUCAGGAUGUAACUGUAAAUUCUCAUAUGGAAAGUGUGUACUCAAAUGUCUUACAUUUGACUCCUGGACAGGAUAACUAUUUUAAAAUGGCUCCAGUUUGAUUUGGUUUAACCUAAUUGGAAUAAAACUAAUUGAUUUAAUAUGGUGGGAAAAGAUAACCCAUUAUAGAACUCUUCUGCAAGGAUGAGCAACAUUUACACAAGUUCUGAAUGCUUGGUUGGGAGGUAGGUACUACACAACUGAAAUUCAUCUUCUCUUCCCCUUCCUCACAGUUUUAACAUGCAAAGGAAGCCCAUAACUAAGGGGACCUAGUAUCUUCCUUAACCACCAUAUUAUCUUUGUAGCUCUAAACAAGGUCAUGGUUAUGUGCAGAGAAAUCAUGACCAGCUUUUGCUACAUAAGUUGUUGCUACUGAACUGUAACAAACUGGGGUGGAAGAGCAGGUGCACAGUUGAUAGAUGAGACCUGUAACUGUAGCUCUGUGUGGUGAUUGUCUUCAUACCAGACAGCACGAUCCUAGAAAACAGAUGAAAUCAUGACAAGGGUUUCAAUAUUAUGAUUGCAGGUAUUCAUGCUUUUGCUGCAGCAUCCAUAAAUCUUGUCCCCCUUGCAGCCUGAGAGCAGAUCUGUAGUGAAGGGAUUUCAAUGCUUCUGUUUCCUACUUUACCUUUUUUUACCUUGUUUCUGAAGUAUACACCAUAUAAGCUACCAGCACUUCCUUCCCCUUUGAGCAGAGCUUAGUAUGUGAAAGCAGGCAAUUUCUUUUAGGUGGAAGUGGCCAUGCAGCUCCUCAUUUAGUGUUUCAU